GUGUCCCGAGCGAAGUGGAUAAAGUCGUCACUCCGCCGCGACGUCGCGUCGCGCGCGCGAUCGCGCCCGACCGUCGUCGACGUCGUCCAACGAAGCGCCAUGGGCAUUCGCGCCGCGUGCGCGGUGGACAUGCGCGGUAAGAUCGCCGUGGUCACCGGCGCGAACACCGGGAUCGGGUUGCAGACGGCCAGGUUGCUCGCGGACGCCGGCGCGCGCGUCGUCAUGGCGUGUCGCUCGAUCGACAGAGCGAGGGCGGCGCUCGAGUACGCGUCAAACGGGGGCGCGAACGACGUGGCGGUGAUGGCGCUCGAUCUGAGCGACGCCGCGAGCGUCAGGGCGUUCGCGGAAAAGUUUGGGAAGGAGUAUGAAAAAUUGGACGUCUUGGUGAAUAACGCGGGAUUGAACGGGGCGAGCGGAUACAGUGGACCGAAGACGACGAAACAAGGGUACGACAUAUGCAUGGGGGUGAAUUAUCUCGGACACUUCAUGCUCACGUCGUUGUUGUUGCCGCAGUUGAUGAAGAGCGACGGCGCGAGGGUGGUGGCGUUGAGUUCGGUGACGACGUGGUUCGGGUCAAACAAGUAUCAGUACUACUACAAGGGUGCGAGUAAGACGAAGGGGAACUACGGGUCGAGCAAGUUGGCGUGUUUGGCGAUGACGGUGGAGCUGCAGCGACGAUUGGAUGCGGCGUAUCCGGAUAACAAGAUCGUCUGCGCCGCCGCAGAUCCGGGCUUCGUGGCGAGCAACAUUUGGAGAGAUUACAACCCGGUUUUGCGAAAGAUCAUGAGCAUCUUGGCCUUGACGCCCGCGCAAGGAGCGAUGACGAGCGUGAACGCGGCGUCGCUGCCGUCCAUAACAAAGGCGACGCUUUACAUGCCGUUCAAGAUUAAAAUGUCCAAGCUGUUCAAGAUGCACAAGAGCGCGACGUACAUGUUCGGCAUGCCUCUCUUAUCCAAAGCGUUCGCCGGUUUCGGCGCCGAUGCCAUGGCGCCGCGCGCGAAAAACGCCGAGUCUAACGCGAAGCUUUGGGAUUUGAGCAUCGAGUUUUGCAAGGAGAACGGCGUCAAGAGCUGCGAGGCGUACAAUUUGUAA